CCGUGCUGUAGGAGGGCCGGGAGCCGCGGCGAUGCCAGACGAGGAGCCGCUGGAGGAGAGCGCUUGAGCUCGUCUGGGGAUACGUUCAGUGUGUGUGAAACGUAGCCAUGGUGUCAUGGAAAGGGAUAUACUUUGUACUUGCACUAUUCUUGGGAAGUUUUUUUGGAAGUAUAUUCAUGCUUGGUCCUUUUCUACCUUUGAUGUUUAUCUCGCCGGCCUGGUAUCGCUGGAUCACCGAUUGUGUUGUGGCCACUUGGCUCACGCUCCCAGUGGCCUUGCUGGAGAUGGUGUUUGGUGCCAAGGUGGUUGUCACUGGUGACGGAUUUGUUCCUGGAGAAAGGAGUGUCAUUAUCAUGAACCAUCGCACACGAAUGGACUGGAUGUUCCUGUGGAACUGCCUGCUGCGAUACAGCUACCUCAGACUUGAAAAAAUCUGUCUCAAAUCCAGUCUCAAAAGCAUUCCAGGAUUUGGCUGGGCGAUGCAGGUUGCUGCCUUUGUUUUCAUUCAGAGAAAGUGGGAAGAUGACAAGAGUCACUUUGAAAAAAUGCUGGAUUAUUUCUGUGACAUUCGUGAACCACUACAACUCCUCAUCUUUCCGGAAGGAACUGAUCUCACAGCCAAUACCAAAGCCCGCAGUAAUGAAUUCGCUGAAAAGAACGGACUUCAAAAAUAUGAGUACGUCUUACAUCCUCGAACUACUGGAUUCACUUUUGUGGUUGACCGUCUAAGGGAAGGUGACAAUCUCGAUGCUAUCCAUGACAUAACUGUGGCAUACCCCCGAAAUAUUCCUCAGACGGAGAAGCACCUUUUGAAUGGAAACUUCCCAAAGGAGAUUCACUUCCACGUCCAGAGAUAUCCCAUAGAGACAGUGCCCACUUCUAAGGAGGAGCUGCAGCUUUGGUGCCGGAAGCGUUGGGAAGAGAAAGAGGAGAGACUCCGACACUUCUAUGAAGGUGGAAAAUGCUUCAGUGCAACAGGGCAAAGCAUUAUUCCACCGUGUAAAUCUGAGCUCAGGGUCCUCACGGUUAAGUGCAUCUCGCUCCUGUAUUGGACGGUGUUCCCACUGGGUAUGCUUGCACUACUGUACCUGUACAGCUUUGCACGAUGGUAUUUUGCAGCCAUGAUCAUCUUUUUUGUUGUGCAGCAAAAGAUAUUUGGUGGGCUGGAACUAAUUGAACUCGCUUGUCAUCGAUAUUUUAAAAAGCAACAGAAAUUUCACGACACGAAAACUAAAAACAAUUAGUUCUAGGGUAGAGAAAGAUGUAAAAAUGGGUGGUUUUGAGAUGUCCUGCAAAUUUUAUGCACAGGGAAGAAUUUUUGCAUGAGAAUUGUCUUUUACUAUCACCAUUGUUAGACAUUUGAACUUGAUUCUGUGAAGAGAGAGAAAAAUGUUAGUUAUUGCUACACGUGAAAAUGGUAGUUUUUAUCUCUGAAUGUAAUUUCAACAUUGCUCUUGCAAGCAGCUAGCAACUGCAUUCUGCUGUAAUUAAGAAACAAAUUGCUGGAUUACUGAACAAUCGUAAGGAUGUUAAUAAAUGUGACCUGCACUGAACUUUCAUGUAGAAACCCAAACUGUCCAGCUAAGAGAGACAGAUGUAUGAGUUCUGUAUAGUCACAUUGUUGUGAAGUAAGCACCAGACUUGGAAAGCUGGUAAGUUUAACGAUGUUUUGAUGGUAGGUGGAAGUUGGAGGAGAAGUUGUUCUGUUUCUUUUUUCUAUUUCAAAUAUUCAAACUUAUUUUAAAAUAAUAUUUUUGCAUAAACUUUUCCAAACAUUACUGAACCUACCACUAUUCAACCAUUCUGGCUUGGUCACUCAGAAGGAUUUUUAAGCCUUGCAGUCUUGUAGUACAGAAAACAGUGCUGGCUCUGCCUCCAUUUAAGUCUUAACUGAUUAUUUAAUAGACCUAUGCAGCUAAGUUUUGAUUUCUCACUGUUUCACGCUGUUUCGGUCUCCCUGUUAGCUGUGGGAGACUUGUUCCUACAGUAGUAUACAGAGCUGCGGGAUAGGGGAGCUGUUUUUUUGUUGUUUUAUUGGUGUUUUUUUCUCGUAGAGGCAAAAAUAAGUGUCUGUCUCUGAGUAGCUGGCAAAUAUUUUUCAAAAAGGUGUCCUUGUAGUCAUUAUUUGAUCGAAAACAUUUUAUUUAUUUUUCAGAGUAGGCAGGAUAUCUUUUUUUUUUGAAGCAUUUAUUUUGGUUUUCACAUUGUUUCCUUAGGCAUUUCAAGUGUCCAUAUAGAUAAGCAGGAAGACUGCUUGUUCCAUGCGUGUCAGCCAAACCUGCUGAAAUGCGUCUGAUGCAAUGGCUGUCUCCUUAUAGGUACAAAAGAUGGGUUUCAGACUUAUCAUAGCACAGGGAAAUUGAGCUACCUCUUCCCUUUGCAGUGUUCUCUUUGAUUGCCUGACGACAUCAUUGCUUUUCCAACCUCCUUUGCAAUUUUUGGGGCGUUCUUUUGGGGCUCCCACUAUAACGCUUUCCCUUAUUUUCAUGACGUUCAGAAAAUCUGAAGGCUUAAACUCAGACAAGGCACUUUCAAGUGUAUUCCUUGUCAUAUAUAAUAAAAGUAAUGUUCAUGCUAACAUAGUAAAAGACAUAAACGUUGCCAGCGCUUAGGAGACACUUCAGGUUAGAUUUGUUUUUCAACCUCAGAAAUGUUAGACCACUUGAUCAACUGUAUUGCUGCAAAACCUUCCUGACUUACUAAAUAUUUGUUGUUCAUUGCAUGAAGGCUUGUCUGAGCUAAACCGAGAUGGCCCGGCUCCAUAUGUUGAGUGGCAUUGCCAUGAAAUGUGAAAGUACAGAGCGCAAAAUGUAUCUUGUACUGUGCUGAGUAUCUCAAGCAUUGAGUCGGCAUGGUUAGACACAUCUAUUUUCUUCUAAAUUAUAACACUAAACAUGUUGUCUAAUGUGUUUAUAUCAAAGGCCAUUUUUUAAAUGAAUCACCAGCCUCUAUUCAACUGUCCCUUGCAAGGUGACAAGUAUUUUUUAAUCUAUGCUUAUAAUAACUAAUUGUUUAUUAUGUGGAAAGUACUUGAAGCCAUCUGUUUUACUCUAAUUUUUUUAAUCCCUUUUUUCUUAAAAAUAAAUAAAACUAGGUUUAUAUUUAGGGUUAUGUUUCUUAAUGAUUUUUUCAUAUUUAUAUUUGAGUACCUGAUGACUGACAACUGGUGUUUCAUUGUCACGAGUGGAAGGAGGUCCUUUCUGCACUAUGAGGACUUUUUUUAACGUAAUUCUGUGAUAUCAAAGGCAUGGUUGCAGCUUAAAUCUACAUAGCCUGGUUCUUCUUCGCCUGAUACUCUGCUUUGGUGCAGUUCCCUGCACAUCCAGGUAACUCGCUGCAAGGGAAAACCUAAAAACCUCAUUUAUGGUUAAUGCAGAGGAGGCCUAAAAGGCUGCUUCUAGUCUGUCCUGAGCCAUGGCUGUGCUUUCAUACCAGGAGUAACCAUGGCCACCCUACUCCAAUAGCCUUAACAUAGUCUUCAGGAAUGACUUCGGAGGACAGGUUAUAUAUGUUGGUGACGUAAAUACCAGCUUUUCUCAGUCGUUCAGAGAACUUUGUGGUAUCAUCAAAUGUAUCGGAAACAUCGGUGUGAGUCUUGGUCAUGGAGCGGUGAAAGGUUUACAUCUGUGUGUGAUUAGCGUUGGGCUCUGAAAAUGAAAUCAAAUGCAGUCCAUCAUUGACCCUUACAAGGGGUUUUCUCCCAGCUGGAGCCAAACACGUAACCUACUGUAAUGUGGUAAACAUCCUGCAAAUCUGUAAUUCAUCCUCCUCUGUCAUGUAUUCUGAUUGAAGAGAAAGAAUAAUCUUCUUGUCAGCUGCUAAUGUCACGUUUGCAGUGCCCGACUCCAUGAUGCGGGGCGGCACAUGGUAAGUGAAGAAUCCUCCUCUCACAGGGAAGGGUGUUGGCUUUGGGACUGAUGUAAAUUUUCAGAUUAUGUGCAUCAUUUUCCAGCUCAGUUAGAAAUGCAAGACAGGAGAAAAAAAUGGAAUAAAAAGAAAAAGCUUUGUGGAUAUAGAAGCUUCUUUGUUUAGAAAGUGGCUAAGGAACUUGGGGAAGAUCUUUCUGUGAAUGCUUUUUUUCCUCUUUGGUCAAAAUGUAGCUUUUUAUUCAAAAAGUUCUAAUAUACAGAUUUUUUUGAGACUAUUUUGUUCUUACCCUGUUUCCCUAUCCAAAAUACACUAAGAUGGCACUUAGGGACAUGGUUUAGUGGUGGACUUGGCAGUGUUAGGUUUACGGUUGGACUCGAUGAUCUUAAAGGUCUUUUCCAACCUAAAUGAUUCUAUGAUUCUGUACUGGGUCAAUCACUUUGAAAUGUUUUCAAUGCUGGUAGGUUAAAGGUGCUAGUACUCCAGGAAUCACACACACCCCCUCUUUCAUGGGGCGCGUAUAUUGGCACAGAGACUUGUCUCACUCAUUAGCAUGUUUGUCACGGCUCACCUUCUCUCGUAGUCCCAGCAGCCACACUGCUCAGCAGCGACUGCUCUGUCUACGGGACCUACAGGUCUUGCUAGGCGUUGCUCAUGUUAUUUGAGAUCAAUGAUGUGCUUUAAGGACACUGCUCUUGUUUGCUCAAUCAAACGUUUCCCCAUCAGCAUCAGGGGUUUCUUUCUCUUUGCUCAGAACAGAAGGUUGAAAUCCUGCCAUCUGUGUUUGUCAUCAAGCUCACCUGGGUAGCAGGACGUCAGACCAAGACAUUUCUCUCUUGGCUUCAAAGCUGCAAGGCCUGAAGCUGGUCUGUAAGGUGUUGUCUUGGUCGUGUGAAAUGUAGUUCCUAGUUUUGUGCAUUGCAUCAAUCUCUGUUGUUUAAAAAAGAUCCGUGUUUUUAUAACUUGAUUUUAUAUGUACACUGCGUGAAAGGAAACACCAGGAUACUACAAACCUACAGAAAGCCUUAGUUUUCAGAGUCCACUGAUUAUAUUAGAAUGUUUUAACCAUGUACCAGUUACUCUGCAGCAACAAUAAAGACCUGAAGCAUUGC